CUUCACGCCUAUCUCUGGUAAACCAGCUUGACUAACAACAACUUAUCAUGUGCGAUAGCUUGACCAAAGACUUCCAAAUCUGCGAAGAACUCGGCCGCGGUCGCUUCGGCGUCGUCUACCGCUGCUUCUCCACCAUCUCCGGCGACUCCUUCGCCUGCAAAUCCAUCGACAAACGCCUCUUAUCCGAUCCCACCGACCGUGAGUGCAUCGAUAAAGAACCCAAAAUUCUUCAACUACUAAACCGAAGCCCAAACAUAAUUCAAAUUCACGGUCUAUACGAGAACGAUGAUUAUGUUCAUAUAGUUAUGGACCUCUGCGAGUCUCCGGAUCUCUUCGACCGCAUCUCGAACCACGCUGGAGUUUUCUCGGAGCAGGAAGCGUGCUCCGUGUUUUCUCAGUUGAUGUUAUCUAUCAGUUAUUGUCAUCGGUUAGGCAUUGCGCAUCGCGAUAUCAAGCCGGAUAAUGUUUUGUUCGAUUCGAGAGGGAGGUUGAAGCUGGCGGACUUUGGAUCCGCGGAGUGGUUUGGGAUGAAUGAGGGAGGGAUGAUGACUGGAGUUGUCGGUACGCCGUAUUAUGUUGCGCCCGAGAUUUUGUCUGGUAGAGAGUAUAACGAGAAGGUUGAUAUAUGGAGUGCGGGUGUUAUUUUAUAUAUAAUGUUGGCUGGAGUUCCUCCGUUUUAUGGAGAAACGCCAGCGGAGACGUUUGAAGCGGUUUUGCGAGGGAAUUUACGGUUUCCUACGAAGAUUUUUAGGUCUGUUUCUCCGGAAGCGAAAGAUUUGUUGAGGAAGAUGCUGUCUAAGGAUGUAUCUCGACGACUAUCUGCUGAGCAAGUUUUAAGACAUCCGUGGGUGGUAAGUGGAGGUGAAACUCGAUCAAUGGAGGAUCUAGCCUGAGAAGAACGUCUUGUUGAGCAUGGAAACAACCUUAGUUUUUUUUUUUUUUUUUUUUUUUUUUUUUAAUUUUUUUUUACCGUGUGUUGAUUUUCAUCGACCCUGUAAAUCAAAAUAAAAGAGUGAAUUUUGAUGAGUGUUUUUAUGGUGAAUAAGUCAGAGAAUCAUCACUGGGUACAUAUUGUAAACAUACAAGAGUAUGUUGGUUGGAACAAGUUUUUCCCAUCUUCUUUCAUGUUUAAUAAAUUACAGAUUUCAAAGAUUGUGAUUUUGUUGAA